UUAAUUUUUGAGUAAAUAAUGGGAAUUACUAGCACUUGCUGUACAGAGAGACGCCUCAAGGAGCCUUUACAGACAGAAAACACUCCCCCUGCAGUUCGAAAUCCAAAGUCAGCUAGAGGGAGACGCACUUCAAACAGAGACAAGAUAGCUGAUCAGAAUAUGACACAAGAGUCAAUAGAAAAGGAUCAGGAGAACUUUCUAUCUCUGAAAAAUAUCCAAGAUGAAAAUAAAAGAGAGAACUUAGGAAGAAACAAACCAAACUCAAAUUCAAAACGUCAGAGAUAUAUGCAAACAAAAAUUCAUAUACUUAAAUCAAUAGAUGGACUAAAUGCAUCAAAGAAAGCUAGAGGAAGAAAGAGUAGGUUUAAAAAUAGUAUUACCAUGCCAAUGGAUUUUCAACAUAAAAGAGGGCCGAACAGCACAAGAAAUAUAGAUUUCUUACAGCCUAAGAAGAUAUUGUCCUCUGAUAAGCCUAAGUAUGACAGCUCUAGGGUGAUUUACGAAGCCAUCAUCAGCGACUUUGAAAAGAUGAGGAAAAGAUAUCAUUUUAACCAAGACUCUCCUACAGUGUCUGAGUCAGACAACCAGAAGUCAACAAUUAAUAGUGACUCUCAAAGGAUGAGAUAUAUCACCUGAGGAAACGCUUUGAACAAGAAAUUGAAGUUGUAAUCUAAUAUCUCUUUAUCAAGCCAUACUUGCUUAUUUUGUUCGCAC